UCAUGUCAUCAAUUUCAGUAGCCAUGUCAUAUUUGUUUUGUGAAAUUGAUUGUACAGAGGAUUUAUAGGGGAUUUAUAGGACAUGUGGCAAAAUCAUUUCGCAAAUAUAGUUUAGGGGAUUUAUAGGAAACUAUACUAAUUUUACCGGACUAGAUUCUAAACAACAUUAAGGUUUAAAUUUUGAUAAUUAACGUUUUAUAGAAGUGCAGGGCAUAUCCUAUAAAUUUUGAUUCUAAACAACCACGAACUUUCAAAAUAAAAACAAAAUAAAAAUAGCAAACACCCUUAUCUAUACAUCCAAUUGCAAGUCAAUGACAACUUAUUUUUCCACAAUCGAAUCUUCCUUAUUCUUUACACAAACUUCUUCUCUGUAAGAAAACUAUAUUAAAAGAGAAAAAGAAAUGAGGAAAAUCAAAUUUGUCAAAGACUUUCCUCUCCGUCACGUCUGCUAUAUAUACUUCUCCCUCAUUCACACAAAUGUUAUAACUUCAACACACUUCUCUCUCCCUAGCUUGCAAUCUAUUUUCUCUCUCUCUCCGAUUGUGUUCAGAGCUGUCACAUAUCACGUGUUCAAAGCUCUUAAGAAAAAAAUGGGUCUUCCGCUAAUGAUGGAGAGAUCAUCAAACAACAACAACGUCGUUGAGCUUUCUCGAGUGGCGGUUUCCGACACACAUGGUGAAGAUUCACCUUACUUCGCCGGCUGGAAAGCUUACGACGAAAAUCCUUACGAAGAAUCACAUAACCCUUCCGGUGUCAUUCAAAUGGGUCUUGCCGAGAAUCAGGUCUCGUUCGAUCUUCUAGAAAGUUACUUAGCGAAGAAAAAUCCAGAAGUUUCCAUGUGGGGAUCAAAAGGAGCACCUGGGUUCAGAGAAAACGCCUUGUUUCAAGACUACCACGGUCUCAAAUCUUUCAGACAAGCUAUGGCUAGCUUCAUGCAACAGAUUCGUGGAGGCAAAGCUAGAUUCGACCCUGACCGUAUCGUCCUCACUGCUGGAGCCACAGCCGCUAAUGAACUCUUAACGUUCAUCCUCGCUGAUCCCAACGACGCUCUUCUCGUCCCUACGCCAUAUUAUCCAGGAUUCGAUAGAGAUUUGAGAUGGAGAACCGGAGUGAGAAUUGUACCGAUUCAUUGCGACAGCUCCAACCAUUUUCAGAUAACCCCAGAGGCGCUCGAGCAGGCUUACCAAACGGCUCGUGACGCGAACAUUAGAGUCCGAGGAGUGCUCAUAACCAACCCAUCGAACCCAUUAGGCGCAACGGUCCAAAAGAAGGUUCUAGAAGAUCUACUUGACUUCUGUGUACGCAAGAACAUCCACUUGGUCUCAGACGAGAUCUACUCCGGGUCGGUCUUCCACGCGUCAGAAUUCACCAGCGUAGCCGAGAUCGUAGAGAACAUCGAUGACGUGUCAGUCAAGGAACGUGUCCACAUCGUUUACAGCCUCUCCAAAGAUCUAGGUCUUCCCGGUUUUCGAGUUGGGACCAUUUACUCGUACAACGAUAAUGUUGUGAGGACAGCGAGAAGGAUGUCGAGUUUCACGCUUGUCUCGUCUCAGACACAACACAUGUUGGCUUCCAUGUUGUCGGAUGAAGAGUUUACGGAGAAGUACAUAAGGAUAAACCGUGAAAGGCUUAGGAGACGGUACGAGACAAUUGUGGAAGGGCUUAAGAAGGCAGGGAUCGAGUGUUUGAAGGGUAAUGCAGGUUUGUUCUGUUGGAUGAAUUUGGGUUUCUUGCUCGACACGAAAACGAAACAAGGCGAGCUCGAGCUUUGGGAUGUGAUCUUGAAGGAACUAAAGCUGAAUAUAUCUCCUGGAUCUUCGUGCCAUUGCUCGGAGUAUGGAUGGUUUAGGGUUUGUUUUGCUAAUAUGAGUGAGAAGACUUUGGAGAUUGCGUUGGAGAGAAUACAUGAGUUCAUGGACCGACGAAGGGGGUUUUGAAUUGUUAAAAAUCAAAAAGUAAAUUAAUCUGAAUAUAUUUUUUUGGUGGUUAAAACAUGGGGGAAAGGGAGAUUUGUUUUGGGAAAGAGAAGAUAAUUAGUUGAAACCCAUUGAUGAAAGUGGGUUUCGAUUUGUUUCUCUUUUCAAUAUAUAAUCAUUGUUUGUUUUCUUGCUUUGAACGAAGCGAGUUAAUUUCUUGUUCAUUAAGGUUCAUUUGUAUUUUUUACUGUUGUAUGCGAAGAUGGAAUUCCAUUCCCUUCUUUAUCAUGUAAAAUAUUACAAAAUAUAUCUAUCUCAACUCUAAAUCUAAGAUAAUGAUGUACCUCAAAAAUCUCAUAGGCAGUAGAUAACUAGAUACAAAUCCUACUAU